UACCCCCACUCACAGACGAACCGUCCGUUCAUUCAAUGAAGAGAUGUUAUUCUUCCUGAGAUUAUUUUAACGACAAAUAAUAUAAAUAAUUGAAUAAAAAUUAACAAACAAAUUCUACACAACAGUUUGCAACAAAAGCCAAAGCACAGAAAAGGGCAAAAUGAAACAGGAAUUAAGUGACAAACGUGAUAUACGGCCAUUCGUUUAUGGUGGUCUAGCAUCUAUUAUUGCGGAAUUUGGCACCUUUCCAAUUGAUACAACAAAAACCCGCCUACAAAUCCAAGGUCAAAAGCAUGAUAAAACAUUCUCCCAGCUACGUUAUCGUGGCAUGACAGAUGCCAUGAUUAAAAUAAGUCGUGAAGAAGGUUUGAAAGCACUGUACUCAGGAAUAUGGCCCGCCGUUUUAAGACAAGCCACCUAUGGAACUAUUAAAUUUGGUACCUACUAUACCCUAAAGAGUGUGGCAAGUGAACAUGGCCUGCUGGUGGAUCCCGAUACGGGGACAGAACGUGUUUGGGGUAAUAUAUUAUGUGCGGCGGCAUCGGGUGCCAUCUCCUCGGCCAUAGCCAAUCCUACAGAUGUGCUCAAGGUGCGAAUGCAGGUACACGGGAAGGGUACACAACAACAGAGUCUGUGGGCAUGUUUCUACGAUAUUUACAAAUAUGAAGGUGUGCGUGGCCUAUGGCGUGGCGUUUGUCCCACGGCCCAACGGGCUGUGGCCAUUGCAUCUGUAGAAUUACCUGUAUAUGAUUUUUGUAAAUUACAAUUGAUGGGCAUGUUUGGUGAUCAUGUGGCCAAUCAUUUUGUUUCUAGCUUUAUUGCAAGUUUGGGCAGUGCCAUUGCCUCCACACCCAUUGAUGUUGUACGAACCCGCCUAAUGAAUCAAAAACCGGUUACAGUGGUAAACGGCAUGGUGACAGCGGCAACGACGCAAAAACUCUACACCGGCAGCAUAGAUUGUGCCCUGCAGACGGUGCGCAACGAAGGUUUUCUGGCGCUGUACAAAGGCUUCAUACCCACCUGGGUGAGAAUGGGCCCCUGGAAUGUCAUAUUCUUUAUAACCUAUGAACAACUCAAGAAAUAUUGAAACUAUUGCUGUUGUUAAAUGCAAGAAAACCUCAAAAGAACAAUCUACAAAUUGAUGUUGGUACAAACUAAAGCUGUAGAAAAACACACACACACAUGUAGCUACAUACAUGUGUUGUAGGAUAGGGUCCAUAAUGAUAAUGUCUUCUCACCGAAAACACCAGACACACAAAAGCAAACAAACAAACGACUUAGAAACCAAAUUAUUAGAUUUUGUUCAUUUAGUUUAGUAAGUAGGCCUAUUUAAAACCCAAUGGUUUUUAAA